AGAGCCAGACUGUUUUCUUUAGGACUGGGGCUGGGCAGAGGGCUGCACAGUGGACACCAGUGAGGAGCGGAGGAGUCACUGACCUGAGGACUGAAAGCUGAGGAGAAAGGGCACAGUGAAGGAGGUUUCAGGCUGGAGUCAUGAGGGUGGGAGCCGCAGCCUUGGCUGGGGGGAUUUUUGGGGCAGUGGGGACCCUGUGCUUCCUCCUGGCCUUCGGUACAGACUACUGGCUGGUGGCCAGUGACAACUGUGGACCAUAUACAUGGCCGACACAAACAACCCUGACAGGGGAAAAUGAUGCCAAUGGGAGUGAGAUCCAGUUGGAAGUGAGAACAGUCACUGAUUCUCCUCCCUCCUCUCUCACCCUCCACCAUGAAGGUUUCUUCUGGCGCUGUGUGUUUCAGGUGGAGCCCGCAACACAUGCAGUCGUGGCCACUCUCUUCACAAACCAGCCAGAGUCCAAGGUGUGCAUCCAUGGUUACCUCUUCCCUCUGCCUGUCGCGCUCGGACAGGUGCCUCAUCCAAAUUAUGAUCCUACAGCAGUGUUUCGGGGUUUCUGGACCGUGUUGAUAAUCCUCGGGCUGGUCUCAGCCCUGACUGGAGGCUUCCUCUUGGUCUGUGGUGUCCCCUUCAUCAGCCACCGACUCUACAAGCUGGGUGGAGCCUUCCUCGUCGCAGCCGCCUGCUUGUUCCUGUUCAUGAUUCUUCUCUACGUGCUGUGGAUGGAGGUGGUGGAUGUGAAGCGCUACAUCCUGCAGGAGAGAGGAGAGACAUGUCCAGAUGCAGAGGUUUCAGUGCUCUACGGCCUGUCGUUCAUGGUGGCGGCGGCUGGAGUGCCUCUGGAGCUCGUCUCUGGGCUGGUCUUCAUGAUGGUGGGCCGGGCGCUGCGUGCCAGCAAGUGAGCUCACCAUCUGGCCCGUAGGAGAAGAGCGGACUGACCUUUUUACGUCCUGCACAGGGACUCAGUGGCACACUUGUGGGAUGUAAAUACUGGCUGGAAAGAAACGACCAACAUUACAGCACCACCCUUUGGGUGUUAUGUAGUGGUAGCAGUCAGAGACACUGGUUUGGUGUGGCAGUUUUCUAUCAUUUGCUUUGCUUGAUUUUCAUAAAAAUCACCAACUACUCAAUAAUAAUAAUACCACAAUAGGUCAGUGGUAGAGUUUAUAAGAUCAAAGCGAUGAAAUAUGAAUAUUACACUGGUUUUGAGGAUUGGUAAAAGAUGUCCAAAGACUAAGACGUUUUCUGAGCAAAAUUCUGUGAAUAUAAAUAUUUCUUCCUAUCAACAUCAUCCUCCUGUCAUUCUACCAAUUGCUGUUUUUAUUAAUGCUGCAAAUGAUGAAUCCAUAGAGCGGAAGGUGAGAUAUGCAUGGGUGAACCAGCUGUGUCCCCUGUCCUGGUUUUGGCACACGAUCAGAGCAGGCUAGCUGGAGCGGAGUGAGGUGGGAGGGAGGAAUGGCUGGAUGGACUGGAAACAGAAGUGGUGGUAGGUUUGGAUAGAGGGUGGGGGUGGAGCAGGAGAAGGAUGGAUGUGGAUAUAGGGGGGACAGAGGAAGAAUUGAUGUGUGUGGAGGGGGGGCACAAGGGGGCUUUGAGAAAUGAACAGCUGUUUGUGGGUUUGGUGGGUGUACAGCAGAGCCGGCCACCUGCCUCCUUCACCCCAAUCAUAUUUCACUCCCUCGUUCAAAUCUUUAUGCUUUCUCUUCUCUGCCUCACAGUAUCAUGUUUCUCUAUCCAACCCUACAUGUAAACAUUAAAUUUAGAAACCCCUGCUUCUAAUAUAUACACUUUAUUGACACAUAUACAUUGCACACACACACACACAAAAUUUCCCACACCUCUCUGGGGGUUCUGUCUUUUCCUCUGUGUUAUCCAAAGGGGAAAGACAGACUUGCAAUUGUAUCAUAACUGCCACAAUAUUAGAUCAUCCUCCUUUUUCAUUGGCCUGAAUGGGCAGCAUGUGGAAACGAGCAAGUGGACUCGCAGUCACACAUAUGAGCUUUCAUCUGCUGUACUGUGGAGAGUGUGGAGUAGUGCUGUUGCGGGGGGCAUGUUUGCUUCAAAGCCCUCACUGAUCAAACACACACGUUUAUGCGAGCACACACACACACACACACACACACACACACACACACACACACACACACACACACACACACACUGUGAUCACACGCCAUCGUUAAUUAUUGAAAUAUCCACAUACAGCGCUCAUCCCAGGUCUGACUUAUGUAACUUAUGUUGAAAGUAAUACUGUAAUAUAGCACCGUAGCCAUCACAUGCUAUAGAUCUGCUGACUUUACCGAGCUGCGGUGUCAGAGGAUGCCCUCUAAAUUUGGUACGUUGCAGCUCUGCUCUUUUGUUAUCGGUAAAUGUGUGAUUAUAUGUGAUAUACAGUAUUUUCUGUGGUGUGUGCCUCUCACCAGUAUUCGUAGUCACUCACUAGGACUAGUGAGGGUUUUUUUUUUUUUUUUAAUCAAACAAGGGGAAUGUAUAUUAUCCAAACAGUUCUCACCCAUUAAGAUUUUCUCCCGUAAAAGCAAAA